AGCAGCUCGCUGCCGCAUCGAGCAGGAAACGGAGAGCGGUUUUAAUUUCAAUUUCCUGCUUUCUCAUCGGGACUCCUGCACAUUCACAGUCAGCCUCCUGCUACGCCGCCCUGCUCUGCCCAGCCUCUGCAGGCAGGAAGCGAGCUCAGGGCUGACCCUUGGGGAUCUCCAAGCCAACCCAUGCGCCUCCUCUGCCCCGCAAGCAGGCCAGUGGCAGACCGGGGCUUCCAGCUCUCCAGCCACCUCUGCAUACUCCCUUCUUGACCCCGAGCGGCCAGGAUGAACCCUCAGGAUGGGGAGCAGGGUAACCCGGCUCACUCCCUUUUUGAAACCUUCCUCCGUGCCAACCACUGCGAGGAGGUGCUGGGCAGCUUCCAGGCCUUAUGCAGGCAGCUGGCUCUGGAGCACAAGGGCCAGCUGCAGUUCUACCAUAAGCUCAAGUCCUGCCUUAACUACUGGAGUGCCAAGGCCCUGUGGGGCAAGCUGGAUAAGAAGGCUGGACACAAAGACUAUGACCAGGGAAAGGCAUGUGCCAACACCAAGUGCCUGAUCAUCGGGGCAGGCCCCUGCGGGCUCCGCACCGCCAUCGAGCUGGCCUUCCUGGGAGCCCGCGUUGUGCUGGUGGAGAAGAGAGACUCCUUCUCCCGCAACAACGUGCUGCACCUCUGGCCUUUCACCAUCCACGACCUGCGGGCGCUGGGCGCCAAGAAGUUCUACGGGCGCUUCUGCACCGGGGCCUUGGACCACAUCAGUAUCCGUCAGUUGCAGCUGAUCCUCCUGAAGGUCGCCUUGCUCCUGGGGGUUGAAAUUCACGUCAACGUGCAGUUUAAGGGGCUCAUCCCCCCUGCAGCGAAGGGGAGCGGACCGGGUGGUGGCUGGAAGGCUGCGCUCCAGCCCAGCUCCUCUCCUGUGGGGCAGUAUGAAUUUGACGUCCUCAUCUCAGCUGGAGGAGGCAAAUUUGUGCCUGAAGGGUUCAAGCGGAAGGAGACGCGUGGGAAGCUGGCGAUCGGCAUCACCACCAACUUCGUCAACCGCCACAGCCGGGCCGAGGUGGAGGUGGCCGAGAUCAGCGGUGUGGCCCGCAUCUACAACCAGCAGUUCUUCCAGAACCUCUACAAUAAAACUGGUAUCGACUUGGAGAACAUUGUCUACUACAAAGACGACACCCACUAUUUUGUCAUGACAGCCAAAAAACAGAGCCUGCUCAAAAAGGGGGUCAUUGUACAGGACAAAGCGGACAUAGAGAGCCUGCUGUCUGCUGAGAACGUCAAUCAAGAAGCCCUCCUCAGCUAUGCCAAGGAAGCCGCCAACUUCUCCACCAACUAUCAGCUGCCUGACUUGGAGUUCGCUCUGAACCACCGGAACCGCCCGGACGUCGACAUGUUUGACUUCACCUGCAUGAACCGUUCGGAGAACGCGGCCCUGGUGCGCGAGUGCCACGGGGCCCGGCUUCUCAUCGGGCUGGUGGGAGACUGUCUGGUGGAGCCAUUCUGGCCUCUGGGCACUGGCGUGGCUCGGGGUUUUUUGGCCGCCUUUGAUGCUGCUUGGAUGGUGAAAAGAUGGGCGGCAGGAACCGCCCCGCUGGACCUUCUGGCUGAGAGGGAGAGCAUCUACCAGCAGCUGUCUCAAACAUCCCCCGACAACACCAACAAAAACAUCAGCCAGUACAGCAUUGACCCUACCACUCGCUACCGCAACAUCAACCUCCAAGCCAUAAAGCCCAACCAGGUCCGUGACCUGUAUGUAGUGGGGAAGAUCGAGAUCGACCAUAAGAAGAGAGACAGUCGCAACAGCAGAGACGUCGGCAGGGCCUAUGAGGGGCUCCUGAGCUGGUGCCAGACCCACACGGAGGGUUACCGCGGCGUCGCGGUGAUGGACUUCACGCACUCCUGGAAAAGCGGCCUGGCCCUGUGCGCCCUCAUCCACCACUUCCGGCCCAACCUCCUAGAUUUCAACUCCCUGGACCAGCACAGUCCCCUCAAGAACAACCAGAUGGCCUUGGACAUAGCCGAGCAGGAGCUAGGCAUCCCGCCCGUCCUCUCCAGCACCGAAAUGGCCGCCGGGGCCGAGCCCAACCAGCUCGGACUCAUCACCUACCUGAGCCAGUUCUAUGAAGCCUUCAAGCCUUCUGCAAAACCAGAGGAGAGAGCGAGGAAGCUGCUGGCUCCUCCCGGCACCCGGGGAGCCGUCCUGUUCCUCAGCAAGCUCCAGAAGACUCUGAGUCUGACUCGCAAGCGCAACCAGGACAGUGCCCAGAAGGAUGCUGAGACCAAGAGGACGAGAAGAGAAGCAGGGCUGGAAUCAGGGGUGGAAGGCGACUUGUUCAUUGCUGACCUUGGCUGGGGGACUAACCGCCAGGAGCAGCCUCAACCCCCGGAGAUCAACCCUUCCGAUUCCUUGCUGGGCAGGCGGCAGAGUUCGCUCACCUCCCCCGCGGAGAGCAGCGAUGCCUGUUACUUCUGCGGCAAGCGGGUGUACAUCCUGGAGCGGGUCAGUGCCGAGGGGCACUUCUUCCACCGAGGCUGCUUCCAGUGUCAUCAAUGCGGAACCACGCUGCGGCUGGGAGACUUCGUCUUCGACGAGGAUGACGGACACUUCUACUGCAUGCUGCACUAUUCCAGCCCCCACAGCAUGGAGGUGACGGACAGCGCAUGCUGUGCCGCACCACAGGAGGUAAGUGGGGAUGUGUCCACCAUUGGCCAGCUGCGCCCGUCCCUGCAGAUUUAGCCCUGUCCAGUAGCAAAGCAGUAAAUGGACU